AGGCGAUCGUUGAUUGCUCGCUCGGAGCACGAACGGAACCGGAGAACGCCGCAGGCAUUCGCAGUUCGAGACGCGUAGUGAUCGGACGGUACACAGCACAGCACCAAGUGCUCGUUGGCGUGGGUAAAAAUAAAUGUAUAGAUUCCGUAAAUGAAAAUAACGCAACGCGAGUGCACAAAUAAAUCGAAAACGUGUGCGCUAAUUGUGCCCAAAUCAGCAGAGAUUGGGAAAUGGCAGCCAGUGAAGCGCCACCGGCUGAUGCGGCAAUGCCGUCACCUGCAAAGGAUUCCGAGGACGUCACCCUGGAUGCCAUUCUAAAGCAUCUUGGACAGUUCGGACGCUUCCAGCUGAUCAUUUUCGUGCUGAUCUGUCUGCCGAUGAUGUUCCACGCCAUGUUUUCGGUCACCUAUGUGUUUACCGCUGCCACCGUGACGCACAGAUGCAACAUAGAGGAGUGCGAUACGCCACGCAGCGCCUACUACGAGCCACAUACGGAGUGGAGUAUCCCCAAGAACGGCAAGGAUCUGGACGCCUGUAAUCGGUACACCAACUCCGAACUGCCCCAGUGGAACCAGUCGGAGGGAGGAAUUUGCUUUCCCACGUAUUUCACGACAACUACAGAAUCCUGCCCCGAAAAUAAUUUCGUCUUCCGCGAUAAUGAAGUUACCAUUUCGAAUGACUUUGGCAUCUUCUGCGAUGAUGAGUGGAAGUUAUCAAUGGUGGGAACUAUAAACAACCUGGGACAGUUCUUCGGCAUUCCCAUCGGCGGCUUUGUAGCAGAUCGAUAUGGACGAAGCUUCUCGAUCGCCCUGGGCGGAAUAUUGGGAGCCGUGCUGGGCGUCAUCCGCUCCUUUUCGCCGAGCUAUGGGUGGUUCCUGGCUUUCGAGUUUCUGGACAAUAUGACUAGCAGCACACUGUACUCAACCUGCUUCGUAAUCGGAAUCGAAUUGGUUGGACCUAAGCGACGGGUGCUGGCCUGCAGCGUAAUUACAGUCUUUUAUGCUGUGGGUGAAGUGUUGCUCGCCAUGUCCGCCAAAGCCUUUCCAGAUUGGCGCAUUCUUCUGCGCAUCACCUACAUGCCCUCGCUGAUUCUGUUAGCUUACUUCUGGAUCCUGCCGGAGAGCGUACGCUGGUUGCUCAGCCAAGGCAAGGAGGAACGGGCCACGAAUAUCCUGCGCCGAGCGGCUAAGGUCAACAAGCGCGAGCUGCCGGAAAGUGUGCUGGACAAACUGGUCCUGGCCAAUCGGGACAAGUUGCAGCAGUCGUCAGAGAGCCGCUUUCCCAUUCGCGAGGCCUUUAAGAACUUUAAGUGGCGGAUCGCCAACUGCUCCUUCUGCUGGAUUGUCCACGUGCUGGUCUACUACGGUUUGAGCCUAAAUGUGGUCCUGCUCGAUGGAGACAAGUACAACAACUUCGCGUACAUCGCCCUGGUAGAAAUCCCGGGUUUCUUUAUGCCCCUGCUAAUCAUGGACCGCUUCGGCAGACGGUACUCCCUCUGCGGUCUGAUGCUUGCCAGUGGUUUAUGCUGCAUCGGAACGAUCUUCGCUGGUGCGGAUCAGCCGGUACUACAGUUAGUGCUGUUCCUGAUUGGGAAACUGACAAUAACUGCCAGCUUCCAGGUGCUCUAUUUCUUCGCCUCGGAGAUUUAUCCCACGAAUCUUAGGAACAGCCUCCUAAGCUUCUGCUCCAUGAUGGGAAGAUUUGGUUCCAUGCUGGCCCCGCAAACGCCUCUUCUGGCUAAGUAUUAUGCCAGUGCCCCGGCUAUGCUUUUUGCCGGCGCCGCCAUUGUGAGCGGAUUGCUCACCUUGUUCUUCCCAGAGACCACCAACGUCGUCCUGCCUACAACAGUGCAGGAAGCGGAUGCCAUCGGCGUCAAGAAAAAACCGUCGCAGGCCAAGGAUCUCGAUCUAGUCGUGGCCGAAAGUCAAACGCAGUAAUCAGUAACCUAAUCUUAUCCUAAGGCAGCCUACAAAUACAAAGACAUUUCUUUUCAAAUGUGUUAUAACUAUAAGAAUAAACAUUAUACAUAUUAUUUUUAGCAUUAA